AUGUCUGCCGAGGGCAAUGCAGAUGGUGGUCGGGGUCGACAGGAAUCAGUUGGAACUUCGACUGCUGGACAACAGCUUCCUUCAUUAAGCAGCCUCUUUGGUCCACCGUCAUCUAUGCGACCCCUCAACUCGCCACACACGGAACGCCCUGGGAUUUACCCUUCGCCCUCUCCCUUAGACAGGCCACGACUCUCGUCGAGUGGAAAUUUGUUGAGUUCCUAUUUCCCACAGGCUAUAUCGCCUUCUCAGCCGCAAUCGAGAAACCCCUACGAAUUUGGAUACAACUAUCCCGAGAGACAGUCAGCUCACGCUUCGACAUCUUCCCUUCCUGUGCCGCAUUCGCCCGAAUACCCAAGCCACGGCCACAGGGGUUCUGAUGCCCGCUACGAACCCGAAUUACCUCGGAAAUGGUCCACCUAUGGCGAGGAUGGUAGGCAGGAGUAUCCAGUGGGAUCCCGCGACUCGUCGUAUUUACAGGCUCAGGAUAAGCUGAGACCUCAAUUCCCCGGACCCAAAGACCCGUCUCACGACUACUCUGAACGGCGACUCAGCCAAGUGCAUAGCUCGGAUACCAACACACCCUCGACUUCAGCUACUGUAGUCUCUUCUGAGAUUACCGUUUCUAAGGAUGGGCUGGGUCCGAAAAUCUGGACAGGCACCCACUUUCUUCCGAGAUUUGUGCGCGCGGCAGAGGUGCCCGGCGAAGGAAUGUGCUAUUUCUACGACGAUGGAAGCCACUGUAAAACCGUCAUUGAUGGUGAGGCGGUGAAUGCUCACUGGGGUGUGACAAAAGCAGGUAAACCUCGCAAGCGACUGGCUAUUGCAUGCGUGACUUGUAGGGAGAAGAAGAUCAAAUGCGAUCCCGACUAUCCACGAUGCGUCCAGUGCGAGAAAUUUGGCCGUGUCUGCAAGUUCAAGAAUGCCUCUCCCGGAUCGCCCCGAGCCGGAAUGCACUCCGCCUCUCCAGACCGUGGAUACAGCAAACGACUCAAGCUUGGCCCCGAGGCGUACAUCCCUAACGGCGAACCACCCGCUUCGUUCAAUCCUCGUAUGGAUUAUUCUAAUCCGCGAAUCGCUGAACAGCCUCCCCCUGAGCCAUCUCUAAUUCCCGAUGACGUUCUUGGCCGUGCUUGGAGGACAGAUCCUUAUGCCUCAACCCCCGACUUGAUCACCAAUGCUCUAACCAGGUUCUUCGCCAACGUUGACAAUACCAUGAUCCUCCAAUUCCUUCCCGAAGAAGCCUUCCAGCGCUGGGUCGUUUCCUCUCGUGGACAAAAAAGCCCCGAAGACUUGAUGCUUUUAUACAGCACUCUCGCUGUUGGCUCCGCGCUCUGCGGUGAUCCUAAGCAAAUUGCUUUUGAGUACGCUCAGGUGGCACACUAUGCGCAAAAGAUGACAGGGGUGCAGUGCCUGCAACUAGUGCAGAGCAGGAUUCUUCUUGCCGUAUACUAUAUUUCGACCUGCCGAACUCGAGAAGCCGAUGAGUUGAUCUCUUCCGCGGCUGCUAGCGCUGCAUGUCUGCAAUUGAGCCUGGAACUGGAUCACUCCAGGGAGUCAACCAUGGCUGUGUAUCCUCUGGGGCUGAGCAGGACAGGCUAUGCUGAAGCACGCAGGAGGACGCUUUGGUCUCUGUUCAUUCUGGAGAGGCUUAGUGGGCUGUUCCCUGAGCGACCGGUAAUGGUCAACGCGGAAGACAUUUACACACGGCUCCCCACCGAUCUUCAUUGUUUCGAGAAGCAAAUCGAGUCUCGUACGCGAAGUUUCGAUCCAUACGGGGGCCUUGCCAAGGCCGAUGAGCGGUCGUCAGACGGCAGUGUCACCGCCUACUACAUUGAAAUAGUGCACAUCUGGUCAGAUUGCCAAGCAGCCAUCUACAGAAUGGCACUUAGACGAACGGCCACCGAGCAAGAGACCAUGAAGCUGCAGGAUCUCAUCAAGAGAGCCAAGAAUUGGUUUGCCUCUCUACCCCCUCGCCUGGCAUUUGGAGGUGCAAACCUCGAAUCGGCCGCUUUUACCAGAAGUACUGGCUCUUUCCUCAGUAUGCAUUUUCUUUAUCAUCAUACCAUGAUCGAGUUGAACCGACAUCGCCAUGGAGCCGGCCAGCUACCUAAGGAUGUCCAGUUGGGACAUUCAGCCGAGUGCCGAGAGCAUGCAGGCAGGGUUAUUGAGAUGCUAAAUAGUCUGGACCGCAUUUUGAGGGUCAGAUCUGCAUUGCUUACCAUUCCUCCCCCGGCAAUGGCUGUUGCUGUCACGGAAGCCGUUGAUGUUUUGACUGCAACUGGGCCGAUGACUGUCCUGGGAGACGUGAUUGAGCGGGUUUUAAUUGCAAAGUCCGCUAUUGACAGGACAAAGAACGUCUGGGAGGCAUCUUCAAAGGACCGUCUAGCUAUUGAUCGACGUCUACAAAAGCUGAAUCGGAUUCGCGAGCUAGGAUCACGACCGCCGAGCCCCAUUCAAGGCUAUCGUUUGCUCCCACUUUCAGAAGAUACGAAGGAGAAGGAGCUUAACCGCUGGCAGAUCCUCGACCCCAUAGAGCAAACUUUCCCAAAGGACAUGGACAUGAUUUACGUUGGACUUGACUAA